AUGAAUCCGCAGGGUAUGCAAUUCCCCCUUGGCUUUCCACAGGCACAACAGCAAAGCUUCAAUGUGGGUCUUGAGCCGAACGCCAUCUCUGCGGCCUCAGCUCAGAUGGGCAUGCCCACCGUCAGCGAUUCCAGCAACAUGGGUUCUCAGCUGCAGAACGCAGCACACAUGGUUCAGUCAAUACGCGGCAACAUAGCCGCGCUCCAGCGCCAAUGGGCUGUGAUUUCGAGUCAGCCUGACGGACCCACCAAGACCAGUGCGCAGCAACACCUCGCGUCGCAGCUCAAGCGCUUGCAGAUAAUGGAGCAGUCAGCCAUACAGUCUAUGGGCGCCCACAUUCCUCAGGGCGCGCAGCUCAAUCAACCUCAGCAACCAGGUCAGAUGGGCAUGCUACCGCAACAGCAACAGCAACAGCAGCAGCAGCAAAACGCCAUGAUGCAAGGUCUCAAUGCGGCUCAACUCGCCCAAAUACAACCCCAGCAAGCCAUGAACGGACUCGGCAUGGAUCCCAAUUAUGGCGCGUCACAGCAGAAUGAAAUCAACCCGCUCCAGCAGCAGCAAUCAUCACAACAACAGUCGCCUUUCGGUCAGCCAGGCAUGCAUUCACAACAGAUGCAAACACCGCAAGCGCAACCUCAGCAGCAGGGCUUCAAUCCAGCACAAAUCUCAGCCCCGAGCCCCUCGGCACAAUCCGCCGGUGGUGCUCCCGUUGCCAAACGAGACUUUGUCGCCACAGUGCGCGGCUUCAUGCAACAACGCGGAACGCCCUUCCCUCCACAGCUGUCGCUCAGUUUCGUAGGUCCUGCCUCAUCCAACUUACCAGGCGACACCAAGACGGUCGAGUUGCAAGCGCUCUUUGCUGCCGUCAUCCAGUCGGGAGGCUCCCAGCGCGCUGCGCAGAUCCCUGGAUUCUGGGCCGUCAUCGCUAGUCGUCUUGGCCUUAAAGUUGGUCCACCGGAUGGCACCCAGUCGGCACCAGAUGCUGUGCCAAGUCCCGGCGAGGUUCCCGACCGGCUGUCUGCCUUUUAUCGAGAUCGCCUCUCGGCAUUCGAGCAGUUUUGGCAGUCGCGCAUGCCGCAACGUCAACCGAGCGGCCAGAGUGUAGCUACCGAUUCUCCAGCUGCUUCUGGUCCCAACGCAAACUCGACAGAUCCCAACUUGCAAACAUCGCAGUCACAGUCCGCUGGAAAUACACAGCCGCAACAGAUGCAGCAGCAACGUAGUCAACAGCCACAGACACCACAACAGCAACAGCAUGCUCCGCCGCCGCCGCCGCAGCAGCAGCAACAACAGCAACAACAACAGCAGUUCCAGCAGCAGCAGGUAGGACAGCCUGGCCCGAAUCGACCUGGCAUGCCCGCACAGAUCACCCCUACAAAUCUGCCGGCCAACUUGCAUCAGCAGAUGCUUCAACUGCAACAUCUCGUUGCCACAGGUCGCAUCACAUCCCAACAGGCACGCGAACGCUUUGUUGCCAUGCAGCAGGCUACACGCCAGAUGAUGGUUAAGCCGCAGCAGCAGCAACAACAACAACAACAGCAACAGCAGCAGCAGCAGCAACAACAACAGCAACAGCAUCAACCACAUGUCGGCUUAUCGAAUGACGUGUCGCAGGUCCAGCAACAGCAGUUGCCACAUCAACAACAACAGCUUGCUUCCGGGAUGCCCAACGUUCCCCAAGGCUUCCCUGUAGUGCCGGCAAUGAAUCAGUCCCAGCUCUCGCCAGGCGCAACACAACGUGCAACGCCCGCUCAGGCUUCCCCAGCUCCGAAUCAGGGCCUUCCGGGAACUAUGCCAGGAGCAGCACCAGGCUUGUUCAACGAUCCUGCGGCGAUGCUCACGCAGCAGCAGCAGCAGCAGCAGCAUCAAUCCCAGCAGCAAGCGCCGUCUGCGGGUCAGUCUGGCUCGGAUGGUGUACCAACAUGGCCAUCGCAGCCACCCACGGGCAUGCCGCCUUCUCCGACAAAAUCCCAAGCUGCAAACGGUGCAGGUCCAAAAACGCCCAUCACUACAUCCAAACUGGAGCCCAAGCAGCCAAAGAGAAAGCGCAAAAAGACUGACGUUAGCCUGUCGACACCCUUGCCAGCGAGUGCCGGCGUCGAUGUGAAACCGCCUAUGCCACAGCUCGGCGAGAAAACAGGCAGUUCUGGAGCGAUGGGUCAGCCGCCGGUCGGAGCGCCUUCAGCUCCAAUUGCAUCGCCUUCGCAGCCAGAGAAGAAGGUGAUUCCCGGGACAUUGCAACCAAUCGGUCCACCCGCUCCUCCACAGAAGCACAAGAUCGAAUAUCUUCCGAUGCGUCGCGAGGUCCAAAGUCACGGAGGAUGGGAUCUUUCUCUGGUAGAAUCGCAGUAUGCACCAGCGAUGGUGACACGAGGCUGUCCGAGGACGUUGCGCGAAUUGGGUCUGGUGGACGUGCAAGGGCUGAUCAUGUCGUUGCGAUCGCGUCUCGACUUUGAGGUGUCAUACGCGCUCAACACUCUGUUGAUCUUGUCAGCGGGCGUGGGCGCUGCGCACAAUUUCCAAAUUGGAUUGGCGUCUUGCGAAGACUUGCUGGAAGAGCUUCUGGACUUGCUCGAGGAGACCAGUUUCCAGUCCAAGCCAGACGCUGAUAGGCAAUCGAGUCUGGAUAUGGCGUUGCUGCUGCAAAAUGGCGCACACGCCGAAUCUGCGCGCCGCCGAAGCAAACGUCAGCGCCAUCAAGGAGGCCUCGACUCGAUGCCUACCUAUCGCGAUUGGAUCGCGGCAGCAGCCGAAGAGGAAGCAGAGCUCAAGAUCUGGAGGCGGAGAAAAACGGCGCGCUCGCGGUCGUUGGCAGGAAGCGUGCUCAACGGAAGCAGCGAGGUCGACUCGCUCGCUGGGUUCUCAUCAGCAGCCUCGAGCCACGACGCGUCCGACGCCACCAUCUCAACCAUGGGCGUGGAAUCGGAGCAAGAGAGAUCGACAGAGCACAAAGCAGCGACGGCUUUGACAAUACUGACGAUCCUGAAAAACUUCAGCGCGAUGCCCGAAAAUAUGUUUUUCUUUAACCAUAGUCCGAAAUUACUGCAAGUGCUGGCGAGGCUUUGUCAGAGCGAUGCCGAACGUGUACGAGCAUCUCACGACGACGACGACGAUGGCAACGAAGCGGACAAUGCAGAGGCGGAAGCGGAUAGCCCAGAAACGGUCUUCACAACGAUGGAAGCGCUUCGCGUACGCAAAGAGGUGCUGGUGAUCGUAUCCAACUUGGCGGGCGAGGCGCUCGCGUUUCGCGAUCAGGAUGCAGUGACGGUGCGAGCGCUGUUUGAGCUGCUGGCAUCGUUCAUCCUGGAAGCGGGAGCAGUGGAAGAAAUGGAUCAAGCAGCCGAAGUCGCCGAGAUCGCAGCUACUCUUCCGGCGGGCGCUCCUGCGCCGGCUGUGAUGCGACGGACUCCGUACCACGCCGACCUGGCGCUGGAUGCUCUGUCGAAGCUAGCGCUGCCAGACGAGAACCGAGAAGUGCUUGGCGCACUUAUCCGUGGCGCUGACCUGGAACGGCUGGUAUGGGAAUUGGUCAAGAUGCUGCCCAUGACGGAAUCCGACUUUCAAGUGCUCAACACGGAACAUCGCUUGGGAUAUUGCGAACGGCUUUGCAUGUGCCUGUACAACCUGGCGUUCCUCUCGCCACCCACGGUCAAGUUGCGACUGCGUCGCAUCCCCGGUCUGUCGGGGAUCGUGCUGCGGAUCGUCAAGAAGCUGUCGAGGGCGACACCGGACUUUUCACGAAACCCGUUUUCGGUGCUGUGCAGGAGACUGGUGGAAGCGCUUCGGUUGAUUUCAGAGGGGAAUGACAUGUUUGGCGCACCGGCACUGCUCGGGUUUGGGCUGAGCGAUGGCACGGGUGCGGCACCAGCUAGUACGGUGGGCAAGAGGCAGAUUGGGUUGUUGCUCAACGACGAAGAGGGCGUAUUGGAGAUUCUGGGGACCAACGAAUUGGACGGUGUACUGGGCGAUGAACUGUAUGCUCUCAUUGCGAGUGGGUGA